AUGGAUCACAGUGUGUUAUUUCAUUUGCUGCUCCUCUUGGGGAUGCACUCGGUCUAUACCUAUCAAAAUUUGGCCUUGCGUGGCAAAGCAACUCAGUCACACUGCUCCCAGGGAACGGAGAAUGUUUUUGGGGCUGCCUACAAUGCCAUUGAUGGAAACCGUGAAUCUAGUUUCUCAGCUGGUUCAUGCAGCCACACUAUGGAACAGUCCGACCCCUGGUGGAGGGUGGACCUGCUGGAGUCCUACAUCGUCACCUCUGUCAUCAUCACCAACAGAGGAGACUGCUGUGCAGACAAGAUUGAUGGAGCAGAGAUUCACAUCGGCAACUCUUUAGAGGGCAAUGGUGCCACAAAUCCAGUGGUUGGUGUAAUUUCUACAAUUUCUGCUGGGGAUUCAUUCAAUCUGACUUUCAGUAAUCGUGUGGAGGGACGUUAUGUGACUGUGCUUCUACCUGGUUCACAAAGGACUCUAACACUCUGCGAAGUGGAGGUUUAUGGGUACCGUGCCCCAACUGGAGAGAACCUGGCACUUCAAGGAAAAGCCUCACAGUCAACAUUGUAUUCAUAUCUUGGCGAUGCAUAUAAUGCUAUAGAUGGGAAUCCUGACAGCAACUAUGCAGACGGCUCCUGCACUUUCACAACAUACAUACCCAGUCCCUGGUGGCGACUGGACCUGCGGAAAACCUAUAAAGUGUUUUCUGUUAAGAUAGUCACAGAAGAUUAUUACUCAUAUACACUCAAUGGAGCUGAGAUCCGCAUCGGAGAUUCUAUUGUGAACAAUGGCAACAGCAAUCCCAGGUGUGCUGUGAUCCCAGAAACCCCUGGAGGUUUUGUCCUAACGUUGGACUGUAACGGGAUGGACGGUCGCUAUGUUAACGUAAUCAUUCCUAAUAGAACGGACUACCUGGUCCUGUGUGAGGUGGAGGUGUAUGGCUCUAGACUGGAUUAG